UUUUUAAACAACACAGCAGUGUUGUGUCCCCUUGAUCCUGAGUGAGGGCUCACACCUUUUCAGACAUGAAAGGUCUGGCAGAAGUUCUGGUGACAGCUGCAUCCUCUGCCCAAAUAACAUCCCCGCAAAAGGAGUCCUACUGAUUUCAACUUAAUUCUCUUAGAAUAAAAGUUUCUUAAUAAGUAAGAAUGGCUUCCAUCAUAAAGAAUGUCUACAUUUUAGAAAACGGCGCACUUCAAGGUAACUUUUCAAAAGUGUAGGUGUCUACACAAUGAUUGGACUGUAGCUGUUGUGAUUUUGACCUUUAUCUAUCCUGUAGAAUUAACCUUUCACGAAGAAAGUGAUGAGCUCCAACGUGGUGUUUGUUUGUAUAGUGAGGACACACGCAGGGCUGACUUGUCAGAGUGGUGUGAAUGUCUCAGGUGAAACGGCAGUCUUCAUUAAGACACAUCACAUCAAACUGAUAAUUGUCGCUGUGCAGACUUUAGAGUAAUUUCCCACAGAAGGAAUCUAAUUAUUUUUCUUUCUAUCACAUUAACCGUCUGUUUGGCCUUAUUCACACCACGGUGAUAACGAACCAGUCCCUUCGGGAAGGUCUCAUUUUGGCACUUUACUUGUCCUUUGAACUUUUUUUUUUUUCUGAAGUUGUGAACCCAUAAAGGUCCGGAGAUCUGCUUCUAUAUAAAACGCGUUUGGCAAGAAAAAAAAAAAAAAUCUCACAUUCUCUCAAGCCGCCUGUCAUCCGCCUCGCUGAGCAGUAGUCUGGAUUUCUAACAUGGAUCUGGAAGCUGUCACGGCUGCUAUCCUAUCUGAUUGGGAGAUCCUUGAGAGUGCCUCUGGAGAAAAUCCGGAGUCCGUCUGUCCGGAGUCCCCCCUGGAUUCUUCGCUGUGUUCCUCACCGGAGAUUUGUUUCCCCAUCUCCAAACAGGAGAAUAAGGAUUUAUCCUUUGUCUGCGCCGGACGCAAAGAGACUUCGUCGGGGCAAAGGCAGAGCAAAACAAAGAUGUCCGUGAAAAGGCGCAUGAAGGCCAGCGAGAGGGAGAAGAUGCGGAUGAGAAGCUUGGCAGAGGCUCUGCACCAGCUCCGCGACUUCCUUCCGCCGGAUUACAGCAAGAGAGGCCAGCCCUUGACCAAGAUCCAGACGCUUAAAUACACCAUCGAGUACAUCAACAAGCUCUCUGACAUCCUGAGCCGUGCGUAAUGGAGGCACCGUGGAGCGCUUUUACGCAACAUGCCAUCUCUCAUCAUGGACCCCUUUUUGAACUUAGAUGUUUCAUUUUUCAUCAUAAUAACUUUGAAAUCUCUCUUACUUGUCAGUCUUUUGGGUUUUUUCUUUAAUGUAAAUAUUGUUUGGGCACUUGGAAAGUAUCAUACAAAUACUUGGAAAGUAUGCAUAUGAGGCUGCCCCUUUUCUGGAAUUGUGAAUUCAGUUUUUAGUAUACAGUAUAGGCGAUUUAGUUGUUACUAGAAUAGAAUGAACUUGGCCAAACUAUUUGCUAUUAUUAUUUUUUUGCUGAACAGACCUAAGAGAGAACAUAUCUUUCCAAUGAUUUGAAUCCCUUAAUUGUGUUUUGUUCUAAUGUUUUCACGUUUUCUGUUUGCAAAGCCAAUAGUUUGUGUUUGUGUGAAUAACAAGGCUGUUCAAAGUAUUUGAGUCGCACCACAAUUUUUAACAAUAAUAGCUGUUGUGUUCACCCUUUCUUCCUUG